CACAUCUCCCCCCCUGGAAUCCCCCCGCAGCUAAUCAUCCCAUUACGAGCCCCAUCAGCGGAAUAAUGACAGCCAAAGAGGGCGGAAACCGCCCGGAAAGCGGGGGGACCAGGGCAGCAAUUAAUUCCCGUUAAUGAACCUGCAAGGUGUCGCCGCCGGGGAGUGACACCCCCAAACACGCGGCGGCCAAUGGGCGCGUUCUUCCCGGGGGGGCCGGGGUCCCCCCGCUAACGGGGCAAAGCGCUUGGGGGUUCCUCCCCUUGAGCCCCCCCCCGAGCGCGGUUCCUGCCGCUGUCCGAGGUGCUGAUGGCUCCGCCGGCCCCGCGGUGACUCCGGUUCCCCCCCCCCGCCGGGUGCUGUCCGAGGUGCUGGUGGGAAGGGGGGCGCCGCGGCGGCCCGACGGCUGGCCACCCCCUCCGCCCUCCCCUCGCCCUUCCCCAUCGAUUUCUGGAUCAUUAAGCGGUUAAGGCGCUGCGAAGCAUCACUAUCGAUCGCUGCCUCCCCACCUCCGGCUGGGAGCCCCCCAGGCUGCCCCCCAGGCCCGCGCCACCGCGGCCCCGGGCGAGGGUGGGGUGGCCGGGUAAGGGGCCGGGGCCCCGGGUGAGGUUGGGGUCCGUCCCCUCUCACCCCACCCCCUUCGCGGCCAAAGUUUGACUCUGCCUUCCUCUCCCCCCUUCUUCUGUCUGUCUGUCUGUGAGUGCAGCUGGGCGCGAUGCUGAAGACGGAGCAGCCCUGGAUCUAACGCGCGGCGCCUCGGAGAGCCUUGCAGCAAUUGUGGCCCGGAUCCCAGGCUGAACUUUGCGCUUUCGUUUUCUUUUUACCCUUUUUAAAUUUUUUUUUUUCCUUUUUUAAAUUUUUUUUUGUUCAAUUUUUCGUUUUCCCUCCUGUUAUUGUUAACUAUCGUUACCAAACCGCUUCCGCCGCACCCUCCCUGCCAAUGCCCGUGUGAGCGCCGGCACCUCGCGGGGGCCAUGGAGGGCUCCACCGGGUUUGGGAUCGAUUCCAUCCUCUCCCACCGAGCCAGCAGCCCGGCCGUGCCCAAGGGGGACCCGCUGGUGGGCGACGGCCGGUCCCCGCUAGAGCUGAGCCCCCGCUCGGAGGGCAGCAGCGGGUGCCCCUCGCCCCGCUCGCCGGGCCGCGAGUGCCUGGAGGCGGCGGUGCCGCGGCAGGGCCUGGAUGCGCUCCUCCAGCCGGGGCAGGUCUCGGCCCCCUCCCAGUCCCGGACCGUCACCUCCUCCUUCCUCAUCCGAGACAUCCUGGCCGACUGCAAGCCCCUGGCCGCCUGCGCUCCUUACUCCAGCACCAAUGGACCUCACGGCGGGCAGGAGCCGGCGGGCAGGAUCCCCACCAAGCCCGGCGAGGACUUUCGGGAGAAGAUGGAGAAAAACACCAGCAGCUCCUCCUCGGACUCAGAGUACAAAGUGAAAGAAGAAGGGGACCGAGAGAUCUCCAGCUCCCGGGACAGCCCCCCGGUGCGGCUGAAAAAGCCGCGCAAAGCCCGCACCGCCUUCACCGACCAUCAGCUGGCCCAGCUGGAGCGCAGCUUCGAGCGGCAGAAGUACCUGAGCGUGCAGGACAGGAUGGAGCUGGCCGCCUCCCUCAACCUCACCGACACGCAGGUGAAAACCUGGUACCAGAACAGAAGGACCAAGUGGAAAAGGCAGACGGCGGUGGGCCUGGAGCUGCUGGCCGAGGCUGGCAACUACUCUGCUCUCCAGAGGAUGUUCCCCUCGCCCUACUUCUACCCACAGAGCCUGGUCUCCAACCUGGACCCCAGCGCCGCUCUCUACCUGUACCGCGGACCCAGCGCGCCGCCCCCUGCCCUACAGAGACCCUUGGUGCCCCGCAUCCUCAUCCACGGACUGCAGGGCGGCAGCGAGCCCCCGCCGCCCCUGCCCCCGCUGCCCGGCGUCCUGCCCCGGGCCGCGCAGCCCCGGUGAGCCCCGGCCGCCCGGGCAGCCCCACCGGCACCCAACCGGGCUGGAGGGGGCCACCCCGCCUCUGGGGCAGCGGGCAAGCGACAGACUCCCGCUCACCCCGCAGUAUACAUAUAUAUAUAUAUAUAAAUGAGACCUCUCCCCCCUCCUUUUUAUAAGUAUAUAUAUAAAGAACGCAAGAAGCAAGGACAGGUCUGGCAGGACGGAGAGCCGGAGACCUGCCCCCAUCCCCGUGUGUCCCCCGCCCGGAGCUCGGGCAGGGACCGGCUCUCCCGGGGGGGGUCUUUGCCUCUCCGCCUCUCCCCAAGGACCGCGGUGGGGACCGAGCUCCCCCGUCACGGACGGCUCCGCCUCCCGCGGCUCCCCGGUACCGAGGCACCGGUCCCGCCGCAGGGGAAGGGAGAGGGGAACCGGUGGCCCGAACGGAGGCUUUGGGACGUCCGUAACUACAAAUAAAGACAAAAAAAAGAGGGGGGAAAGCGGCAAAAUGUAAAUAAACUGCGCAAAAUGUACAUGAAUUAUUUAUUUGUGAACCCCGAGGGCGUAUUUGUGUAAGUGAUUCUUGUCAGUCUGUAUCCCGGGGCCGGCCCGGCCGGGGCGGGGGGGGGGGGGGGGGUCCCGGGGCGCCGCUCCCGCUCCCCGCUCCUUUUUUAAAUGUGGAAAUAAAACUUCUUUACAAACAAACGGG